GUGUGAGGCAGCUUACGGGGGUCCUCAGUGUGAUCAGCUCCUGGACUUUAACAUCCUGUACGUGGUGCCCAGCGGUCAGAAGCUGCACUACGUCCUCAUCGCCGCCAUCAUCGGAGCCGUUCAGAUCGCCGUCAUCGUGGCCGUGGUCAUGUGCUUCACCAGGAGGUGCAACAAGACAAAGCGCGGGCGGCGGCAGAAGCAGCACCUGGGUCACUUCCCGUCAGGAACGUCCUCCAGGAUGAUGUAGCUGCUCUUUUUUUUCCUCUCGUGUUUUUACAAAUACAAGACAUUUUUUCGUACCACAGACUGACUACAUUUUUGA